AAUGAAAAUUAAACUAGCAAUUAUCUUUAACUUAUUAAUCUUACUAAACGCAUCUACAAUAUCAAUUACAAUAUGCAAAUGCGAGUAGUUGCUGUCAUAAACGGAUUGUCAGCAUUAAAACAACGAUUGCCUGUGGAUUUCAGACAAAUGCGUCAUCAAUCCCAGCCAAUCUGACUCAGGAGCUCAAACCAUAACAUAUUGCACUUCAUACAAAGAAUCAGAAUGUGCUUCUGUUGUUGGUUGUGCAUGGAUAAAUAAGGCAUGUGAACAAUUCUUGGGUUGUACUGCAUAUUACUAUUCAAAGUAUAUAGAAUGUUAGUAGAUUUCACUGCAGUGUUAAUCAGAUGGGUCUCAUUGCAUUGAGAUAAGUGAUUGUGCUGAUUACAAGACCAAGUCAGCCUGUUCUCGGAACAAGAAGAAUGUCCUAUGUUAUUGGAACGAGGAUAAAUGUGAAGACUACACAGAAUGUAGCCAAUUGCCUAAAUCAUUAUUGUCUGACAGUGAGUGUAGAGCUCAGUUGUAGAAAUGCACAGUUGGAGAACAAAGUGGCUGUGUUGAAAGUGCAGAGAAUUGUGAAGAUCAAAAAUUAGUAUCUUAAUGCAAAUGGAAUAAAUUAUAAACACAAUAAUGUAUUUGGUAGAGUGAUAAGUGUGUCUCCCUUUCAUGUUCAAUUGCACCUGUAACAUAUACUACUCAUUCACAAUGUUAUGAAUUCAUGGUUGGUUGUACAACAUAGUAAAAUGGAGGGUGUACAAAUAUAACAUCAUGUUCAAAUGCAAAGGUUGAGGCUGCAUGUGUUAUAAAUAACUUAAAUGAACCAUGUGUUUGGUCAGAUAAUUCUUGUUAUGAUUAAGUUUGUAACAAGGCACCCACUACUUUUAAGACAAACGAAUAAUGCAAGACAAUAGCCAAUAAUUGUAUUACUACAUUGAAUGGGUGUGUUGAACAACUCUCAUGUUCCAGUUCUAAUAAUUAGACUGGAUGCAUUGAUAUGGCUGAUGGUACUAAAUGCUAUUGGAAUGGUUCACAAUGUGUGAUAAAAGGAUGUUCUAGCAAUACAACUGCCACAUCUGAAGCUGAAUGUGAAACAUAUUCUAGUGAAUGCACUUUCAAUGUAUCAGCGUCUAUUGGAUGUGUAGAUAAGAUAUGCGAGAACAUAAUUAAAUAAGAUCAAUGCACCGUUGAUGCCUUUAAUAAUAACUGUAUUUGGAAGAGUAAUUGUUUUGUAAAAUAAUGUGUUUUUGCACCUAAAACAUAUCAAACUCAAGCAGAAUGCGAGACAUACCUAAUGGAAUGUGGCUUAGAUGAGUCAGGAUUUGGAUGCAUGAAUAAGUUGUUAUCAUGUUCAGCUUAUGUAACUGAAAAGUCAUGCAAUAAAACUAAAUCAGGGGGAGGCUGUGCAUGGAAUAAUUAAAAAUGUGUUGAGAGACAAUGCAAUAUGGCUGAUAAUUCAAUUACUACAACAGGAGCAUGUCAACUAUACAAAUCUGAUUGUGUAGUGAACAACAAUCAAAAUGGUUGCAUGAAUCUCACUACUAAUUGUGGUGAUAGACAUCUAAAAGAGAAUUGCGAAUUUGGAACAUCGCCAUUUUGUGUUUGGAAUAAUAUCUAAUGUGUUCAAUAAUCCUGUGAAACUGCCAGUGUGGUGGGAUCUCGAAAUUAUUUAACCUAUUUCACCCAAUCUAAUUGCAAUCAAUAUAUGAAUAAUUGUGUGUUGAACAACUCUAGCAAUGGGUGUAUGACUAAGCCUACCACUUGCAAUCAACUGGGCAUUAGCAAUUGUUAUGUGUCAAUUCAGAAUGAUUGCAUUUGGACUGGGGGACAAUGCCUAGAAAAGGUAUGUUCUAAUCUAAUAGGCAGCACUCAUUAGGAUUGUUAUAGUCAAUACAAUAAAUGUACUGUAAAUAGCAGUUUAAAUGGGUGCAUGAAUCUACAGAAAUGUUAAUAUUACCCAAAUGCAUAAUAAUGCCAAAUAAAUUCUGCAGGAGUGCUAUGUGUAUGGACUGGGAUAUUUUGUAGAGAAUCUAUUUGCAGUGAUUCCACAGAUUCCAAUAAUUUUGAUAGUCACGAUAAAUGUAAAUUACUAAACCCUUAAUGCACAGUAGUGAGUAGAGUGGAUCAGAAAGGAUGUGUUAGCAAACUAAACAACUGUGUAGAUUACAAAUAUCGGUAUCAAUGUUAUUCAACCAUCAAUUAAGUUGAUUGCAUUUGGGCACAAAGUAGGUGUCAAGAACUUUAAUCGUUAGACUGUUCUGUAAUUCCAUUGCAAAUAUACAAUGAUGCUAAUUGCAGUGCUGUCUUGUUCAGAUGCAAAUCAAAUUACUAAAAUAACCAAUGCACAGACAAAGUAUGUACUGAUUAUUUGUAUACAACCAAAGGGGAUUGUGAAAAGAUAUCAGGUUGUACUUUGAAUAGGGAUGCAAAUGGGUGCAAUCUUAAAAAGGAUUUUUGUUAUGAAUACACAGCAGAUCUAUGGUAGUGCAAAUAUUCUAAAGAAGGAGAAUGUGCUGUAAGGGGAAUAGAAUGUGUAUAGACUCAUGUUGAUUGCAAUACUCUUCCCACUCCUACAAUAAAUACUGAUUGUUCGAAUAAAAGAGACUUUUGUAUCAUGAUUGUAUCAGGCACUACAUAAUCGUGCAGUGCUGGUCAGUGCUCUAGUUUUGUUGGUAGUACCUAUUCGUUUGAAGCUUGUCAAGCAUAUGAUUAUUCUUGCACAGUAAAUCGAGCCUCCACUGGAUGUGCUAGUAUGGCUGAUACAUGUAGAUCUGCAACAAGCGACAAUUGCGUCUACUCAAAGAAUGAUCAUAAAUGUAUAUGGACAGGUACUGUAUGUAAACCUGUAGCCAAUGCUACAGAAUAGAAUUGCCAAUUGCUUACUAACCCUUACUCCAAUUUAACCUUUGAAUAUUGCCAAUAAUACUCCAAUAAUUAUUGCAGUGUUAAUAGAGCUAGGAAUGCCUGCAUAAACAUGAAAACAAAUUGCACUCUAUAUACUGAUUUGGACAAUUGCUAUUAAUCAUCUCGAGGAAGGUGUAUAUAAAAUAAAUAAGAAAAUAAAGAAGCUGCAUGCAUUGAUAUUCCGAAUUCAAUUUCAUGCGAUUAAAUAUUACUAGGUGAGACCUUUUACUACACUCAUGAAGUCUGUCAACAACUGAACGGCAAUUGUACAAAUGAUUCAGACCUAGGAUGCAUAGAGAAGACUUGUAAAAAUAUCAAGACUUACCCAACAACUCAUGAGGAAUGUGAGUCAUGGUUAUCCAUAUGCACUAUCGAUGUAUCAAGUAAUGCUUGUAUUGAAAAGAAUCAAAGCUGCUCAUAAUAGAAUGCUAGUAAUUGUCUAUGGACUCAAGAAGGGUAAUGCAUUGUCAUAAAUAAUAAAUGUAUGAAAGCUGAAUGCCAUCUUUUAUCCACUAACUAGUAGACUCAUUAUCAAUGCUCUAAUAUGUAUAACAAAUGUACUAUAGCCAAUUAAGGAGGUUGCAUCACAAAAUUAUAAAAUUGCAGUAGUUACUUAACAGAAAUCUAAUGCAAGUACAACUAUGGUAAUUAAAAGUGUUGGUGGAAUCAAAGCACUCUCAAAUGUGUUACUUUAUUAUGCGAUUAGCUUGCAUAACAAUAUGCAAUAGCUGAUUGUCCAUCUUUAAAGCCAUGCAAUCAGUAUACUGCCAUAUCAGAAUGCGUAAUCGACAAUCAGAAUCAACCUUGUGUCUGGAAUACCAUCACUAAUAGAUGUCAAUACAAACAAUGCAAUGCUGCUUCAAUCUCCUCCUACUUUUCUCAUUAACAAUGUCAAUAUUUUGAUAGCAAAUGCACAGUCUAAGUCAAAUUAAAUAAUCAACAAGAAUAGAUUGCACAAGGCUGUAGGGAGGUAAGCAUCAGUUGCAGUGACUAUAAGUUUGAAUAGCAAUGUUUUAUCACUAAAGAUAAUAAAAAAUGUGCUUGGUUUGAAUCUGCCUGCAUCUUAUCAACUUGUGACACUGCUCCAAAAACUGCUGAUUAUUCAACACAUUAAAGUUGUCAAGAAUACCUAAACACCUGUACAGUCUCGCCGGAUUAGCUAGGUUGUAUUACAAUUCCCAAAUAAUGCACAGAUAUCAACCUUGAAAUCUCAUGCAUUAGAGAUGGAAGUGGCAAUGAUUGUUUCUGGUAUGAUUCAAAAUGUUAAAUCAAAACUUGUUCUGCUGCUCCACCUGAGUAAAAUAAUGCUUUAUUAUGUUCCCUUUGGCUCCCUAAUUGUACAGCUGAGGACAAAAACAAAUGCAAGAGAAAUUCUUGCGAAGAGUACGAAUAUACCACUGAUUCUGAAUGCAAAGCAGCCAUGUAAACUUGCACUACAGAUGGUAUUAAAUGUGUUCAAAGACGAUCAUGUUCUGCUUCUCUAAGUGAAGCUGGAUGUACCACAUCAAUCAACAAUGAAUAAUGUUAUUGGAUUGGUGAUAGUUGUACGUUGAAAGUGUGUUAAAUAAUCAAUAAAGAGAAGGAUUGUAAUGUGAGCUACAAUAAUAUUAAAUGCAUUUGGUAAAAUGGUAUUUGUAGAAAUGUUGAAGAUUGCUAAGAUUAUACUGGUACCAAUCACACAGACUGCUAGAAAUAGAAUGUCUCAUGUACAAUUGGAGAUAAUUAGAAGUGCAUGAAAUUGAAAAGUUGCGCUGAAUUCAAUACCUCAAAAUCAUGUGUUUAAGGGUUAGAUGGUCCUUGUAGGUGGGUUCCUAAGCUAUCUAAAUGUUUCUAAUUUACUUCUUGCAAAUCAAUACAGUUUACAACUGAUCAGGAAUGCAAGAUGGUCUCACCUCUAUGUACAACUGAUGGAUUAAAUUGUAUUGCUAUUACAUUGUGUGCAGAAACCAAUACAGAUGGAGGUUGUGUAAGUGGAAUUGAUGGUGAUUGUAUCAUGACUGUUCCCGCUUUGAAUUCAACCCUACCUCCAAUUUGUAAGUUAUUUACCUCUUGUGCAGAUGCAUAUUACCUUACUCAUUAAGAUUGUCAAAAUGCAAGUAAAAAAUGCACAACCGAUGGAUUGAAUGGAUGUAUCGAACUUAGCGAAUGUGACUAGUAUGUCAAUUAAGCUUCAUGCAACAGUAAUUCCAUCGGAGUGCAAUUAUAAAAUGACCAAAUAAUAUCCACUGGUGCUUGUGUUUGGAAUUAAAGUGGGAAAUGUGCCAACCAAACGUGUACAGAUUUAUAUGGCACAUCCCAUUAACUAUGCACUCUGCCCUUAUCUACCUGCACUUACGAUGGAGUAACUUGUAUCUCCAAGUUAAAUUGUUCUGAAUAUAAGACAUAGGAUAUUUGCUCAGUUGCUUAUGGAUUAGAAGGCAGAUGCAAUUGGAAUGUAGUCUAAGGAAUUUGCUCACCAUUUACAUGUAGCAGUAUUAUGAAUGGAAUGACAUUAGAAUAUUGUUAAUCGACUAUGUCAUCAUGUAUUACUGAUGGAUUCAACUGUAUAAAUAAGGAUGUGUGUUCAUCGUAUACUACUAAAAUUGCUUGUACUAUAGGUGGAACUGAUGGUAUCUGUGUAUGGAAUGGAUUCUCCUGUUAGCUAAUGCAAUCCUGCAAUUCAGCAGAUGUAGAUCAAGAUGCCUGCUUAAUGGCCAAGGAUCGUUGUACUUUUAAAUACGGUAUGGGUAUUACUACUAGUUCAUGUUCUUCUCAUACUUGCGAAUCUUAUGAAAAGACAAAUGGCAAAUGCAGUUCUAUUUAUAAUUGGGAUAAAUCCUUUAAGAAGAGUUGUUAAUUAGUCGAUGGGAAGUGCGUUGAGUUCGAUUUAACCAUUCUGGAUUAAUCCCGAUGUUAUACGGUUUCUGAAUAUACUUAUACUUGGAAUGCAUAAAUGAAUAAGUGCCAAUCUUGCAACGUCGUGAUCGACACAACUACAAAUCAAACUUAAAAUCAAAGCAAUUAAACUACAAAUGCGACCACGGAUCCAGCAAGCACUGUGAAUGAUUUUGCUAGAAGUCUUGAAUUGAUUAUUAUGUUCUUGAUUAUGGUCUAUUGA